AUGAGUCCAGCGCUUCAGCGAGGGGCCCGGACUCUGUCCUGGACCCGAGUUGUGCCUAAAGUCCACCGACAGGUCAGAUUUGUUCAAAUUCGUGCGACGCCAUCGGCCGAGCCUACCGUCAACGGCGACCACUUGCCUCUGGCCGGCACACCCAGUUUCGCUGAAUCGCGAGAUGCACGCUUCGACGUCGUUGGCGCUCCGUACUCAUUGCUUUCGGUGUCCUUGUCGGCUUCGCAGAACCUGUACACGCGCCGUGGAACGUUGGUGGGAUUGAGCGGCAAGGCAGAUAAUGUUGUUUCAACGUUGAGUGUGCUCGAGCCUUUUCGCAGAGCUCCUCUGGGAGUGCCUUUCUUAUACCAAAAGGUCUCCUCUGCCAGCCCUGUGACAGCCCUUAUAUCCGUUCGAUCCCCAACAACUUCAUUUGCCGUGGUCAACCUCAAUGGUUCGGUAGACUGGAUGGUCGCCCAGAGACGCGCUCUGCUAGCAUGGACGGGCCGGUCCUUGUCCAUCAAGCCAACGAUAGACACCAGCCUCAGCAUGGCGCACUGGGGAAGCUCGGCGGUCACAGGUCGGGGAUUGAUCGCAUUGGUAGGCCAGGGCCAGGUCUACUCCGUGGAGUUGAAACAGGGCGAACAAUACAUCGUGCAUCCCAGCAAUGUUGUCGCCUAUACAAUGUCCUCCGACCCUCCUCGCCCUUACCGCUUCAAAUCUACAACCUUGAGCUUCCAGGUCCCUGGCCUAAAAAGCCUCCCACGUCUGCUUCAAAAAAGCAAGCUUGUACGUGACGUUUCGGCCUCCCAGGGUUGGAAAAAAACCAUGAGUAUCCUCCACAGGAUCAGGACAUGGUCUAGAAUGACCUUCUGGGGUGAUAGAGUGAGUUACCCACUGUUCCUGCAAUUCGAUGGACCUGCCACUGUUCUCAUGCAGUCCCGUGGGCCUCGAGUGAACGACAUUCUUUCUGAACGUCAGAUCACUGAGCUUGCCGAUGCUCCUCGAGGAAUCAGUAUCCGCCCAGAUCAACAUGAAGUCAGGAAAGCGACCCCCACAGAGACCGAGAUCUCACGCACAGUCGAUUCGUUGAACAAAGAGCUUCUGGGCAUUCGACAAAGCGUUGCCGAGAUUCGAAAGGAUGGAUCGGUGGAGAUCAAAGAGACUGAGCGCACGGACUCCAGAGCCUUGUAG